AACAUGACCUCCUCUCUCCCUUCCACUCUUGACCGGCUAUCAAAUCCCAUCCCAGCUACUAAAUAAUUCCACACACUCUUUUCUUUCUUUCUCAUGUAUUAAUUAAUUAAUAUUUAUAAAAAAAAAAUAAAAAAACCUCUGAAAAUCAAGGCUUUUGAAUUGGGGCUGAGUUGAAUGACGAUAAUGGGUUGUUGCGUUCCCUCACGUGACACAUCAGAUCGUUUUUCCGACCGAUGUUUUGCCAUCUUUCCUUGCCUCUCCGAUCCGGUUAGAAGAUCUACGUUGUGUUUAAGGUUGGCUUUGGUGAUGUUGCAUAUAGUCUUUGUUGGCUUCUUAGUUAUUUUUGAUGACGAACUCAUAUCAAAAUCAAAGCAACAACCUUGGCACUCAUUGAUUUAUAUGCUGUUGGUUGUUGCUACAUUGGUGCAGUAUUUUUAUACUUCAGGUUCUUCCCCAGGGUACGUGCUUGAUGCAAUGAGAGAAUUUGCCAAGACAGAAGCCUCGUUAAGGGCAUCCGUAGUCUCAAAACAACCUGCUUCAAGCAAAAAUGGGAGUGUAGUUGUGACUUUAGACAAAAACCAGUUAGGAGAAAAUCUUUUAGGUAAUAACCCAAUGAACUGGACGAAGCUGGUUAUGGAGAUGUACCCACCUGGAACAUCUGUGAGGACUUAUACCUGCUCUUACUGUAAUGUAGUGCAGCCUCCGAGAACGAAGCAUUGCCAUGAUUGUGACAGAUGUGUUCUUCAGUUUGAUCACCACUGUGUCUGGCUAGGAACAUGCAUAGGCCAGGGCAACCACUGUCGAUUUUGGUGGUACAUUCUUGAGGAAACAGCCUUAAGUAUUUGGACUGGUAUUUUGUAUAUUAACUACCUGCAAACUUCUUUUGGAAAGGCAUGGUUGGUGGAUGCAAUCAUGAUUAUUCUUCUAUCUAUUUUAGCAAUUGGAUUGAUAUUUCUUCUCCUCCUGCUCUUAUUCCAUAGUUAUCUGAUUCUGACAAAUCAAACCACCUAUGAGCUGGUGAGACGACGCCGUAUCCCUUAUCUGAGAGCGAUCCCAGAAAGAGUGUAUCCAUUCAGUAAAGGUGCAUGUAGGAACUUGUACAACUUUUGCUUUGCGAGGACAAGCAUAUAUGCAAUGGAACCACUGCCUAGUGCAGCUGAGCUAGAACAGAUGUCGGUACCGUAUACAUGUUUUGAUGUAAUAUCGUGUAGAUGUUGCUGCUGAACUUUUUGUUUAUGUGCAUAUAGUUUGAUUUUUUUUUUCCAAACAAAAGUUUGUUGUGCUAAUAUUAGCUUCUGACCAUAUUAUUGUUUGUGUCAGACUUUGUUUUCUGUUUGCUAUUUCAUUGAGAAAAAAGUGCAAUUUAUCGGCAUUUUAAUAGUGUUUGAUCAUAUUUCUGUAAACAUGAUAUAUUAAUUGUUAUAAAUGAUCUGAAUUUAUUCUUCCAA